AUGGCUAAAGACAGUGGGAAGAGGGAGUUAGAGUGGCUGGACAGCAAGACGGAAACAAAGAAACGGGAACGGAGGACAAGAAAGAAAAGAGAAAGAAGAAGAAAAAAUCAAAUUAAGUGCACUAAAGGCGAUGACAUUUGGACCUCCCCGAAAAACCUGAAGCUUGAUGGAAGAUGUCCCGGAGAAGAAGAAGAAGAAGAAGAAGAAGAAAAAGAAGAAGUAGAGGAAGAAGAAGAAGAAGAAGAAGAAGAAGAAGACGUAGAGGAAGAAGAAGAAGAAGAAGAAGACGAAAGAGAGGAGCAAGAAGAAGAAGAUGAACUCCCUCACCGUUUGGCAAAAGGAUGGCGGCCAUUGAAGGAUUUGGUACGAUGA